UAUACUUGGAUAUUUUCCAGGAUUAAAAAAAAAAAAAGUUUAGACGAAUUAUGGGUUCUCUUGAGACAUGCUUACUUUUCUUUGUAAUGGUUAUGUUUAUGAGUGCAAUUAUGUCUCGAGCCUCGACGAGUGUAGUGAUUUAUAAUGAUCUUGGAGGUGGUUUGCCACUACGGCACCACUGCAAAUCAAGAGAGGAUGAUCUUGGAUACCAGAGUUUAGCACCAGGUAGAUCGUGGUCGUUUGGAUUUACACCGGAUAUUUUUGGCCGGACUUUGUUUUACUGUCGUUUUAGUUGGGGAGCUGAGAGUCAUAUAUUUGAUAUCUACAAACAGAGUAGAGACAAAGAAUUUCAAGAGUUUGGUUGCAAAAAAUGCGAAUGGAAAAUACGGAAAAAUGGACCUUGCAAGUUUUAUAAGAAGACCGGCAUGUUUGAUCAUUGCUAUUCUUGGGAUUAAUAUCCUUAUUUUAUAAAACAUGUCGUAACUAUCAAUCUAUGUCUGUCUACUUCUUCUUCUACCUUUUUUUUUCUUUUUUGUAUGAGGUAAUUGUGUCUUAAUAUGAUAUUUUAUGGUUUGACCU